AUGAAUAGUAAAGUAACCAAGCAUGCACCGCUGCACCUCGCUGCUCAGAGUGGAAAUAUGGAAGUAAUCAAAUAUUUGGAAGACGAAGGAAUUCGCUUUGAUGAGAAGGAUAACGGCGGGGUAUGGAAUACGCUGCUGCACCUCGCUGCUCGUAACGGACAAUUGAAAGUUUUGAAGUAUUUUGAGGAUAAAGGAAUUGGACUCAACGAGAAGAAUAAUGAUGGGAAUACACCGUUGGACGUGGUUGUACCAAAAAGAGUUUUGGAGGUUUUGAAGUAUUUAGAAGAGAAAGUAAUCAAUCUUAAUGAAAGAAAUGAUAACAAAGUGAGUGUUUUUUGUUAUUGAUA